AAAAUUCCGAUCGUGAAGAACAAAAAAAGUUAGCUGAAGAUCUUUUAAAAGAUUUAUAUAUUCAACUUAAACAAGAUUUAGCAUUUCCCGAAGAGAUUCAAGAAAUAUUACCUACCUUGAAUGAAGAAGAUGAUGAUAUAUUUGCAAAAAUGUGGAGUAGCGAUCAACGAUCAACACUGAUAGAAAAUAAUGAGAUUUCAGGAGUUCACCCACCAAUAGACCCUAAAGAUAUAAAACCACUGUCAGAAGAACCUGAUUCGUAUCAGCAAGUGGAUCCU